CCCUCCUCCCCACUUUCCAUCCCCCCACCACCCCCCCUACGAGGCUACGACUUCGACUAAAAACGCAUAUAUGCCUUCCACUCCACCGCGUCCUCCACCGCCCGCGCGGAUUGCCCCGGGUCCCCCCUCGGAUCCGGUUCCGGCCGUCCUUGUCGCCCCUUACUCGCGGCCUCCGCCGCUGCUCUUCUUCGCCUCCUCUUGAUUCUGUCGGGCUGAUGAACGGGGAGAGCCUCCUCGACCGCCGCUCCUCCGCCGACGCCGCCAUGGACGACGGCCUCCACCACCCGCUUAGCGUCUUCCUCCGGGACGCCAGGCUCGCGUUCAGGUGGGACGAGCUCGGGAGGGAGGUCAUGGGGAUCGCCGUGCCCGGUGCGCUGGCGCUCAUGGCCGACCCCGUCGCCUCGCUCGUCGAUACCGCAUUCAUUGGCCACAUAGGCCCAGUUGAACUUGCGGCUGUUGGUGUAUCUAUUGCCAUGUUUAAUCAAGUAUCGAGGAUUGCAAUAUUUCCCCUUGUCAGUGUCACAACAUCAUUUGUUGCAGAGGAAGAUGCAAUGUCGGACAACAUAGAUAAAAAUGAAAUGAAUGGCGAGAACGAACCUAUUGUCUCAGACAGUGAAAUGGAAGAGCUAUUUUCUCAUGAAGAGACGAGGACUGCUUCCAGCAAGUCAUCUUUUGAAACUGACUCUAGCGGGGUCAACACAGAACAUAAGCGGAAAAACAUUCCAUCGGUGUCUACAUCAUUACUACUUGGUGGGGUGCUCGGCCUUUUACAAGCACUGCUACUUAUUAUUUGCGCAAAACCUCUCUUAGGCUACAUGGGUGUGAAACCGGGCUCUGCAAUGUUGAUGCCAGCACUAAAGUACUUGGUAAUCAGAUCUCUUGGUGCUCCUGCUGUGCUUUUGUCUCUGGCUAUGCAAGGGGUAUUUCGUGGACUUAAAGAUACAAAAACGCCUCUUUAUGCAACCGUGGCUGGAGAUGCAACCAACAUAGUUUUGGAUCCAAUAUUUAUGUUUAUCUUCCAUUAUGGUGUCAGUGGUGCAGCAAUUGCUCAUGUUAUAUCACAAUAUUUGAUUGCAUGCAUUCUCUUAUGGAGGUUAAGGCUACAUGUUAACCUACUGCCACCCAGCUCUAAACAUCUGCAGUUCAGUCGAUUCCUUAGAAAUGGUUUCCUAUUACUUGCCAGAGUUAUUGCUGCAACCUGUUGCGUGACACUGUCUGCAUCAAUGGCUGCACGACUAGGUUCAGUUCCAAUGGCUGCAUUUCAGAUUUGCUUGCAGAUCUGGUUGGCUUCAUCUCUUCUUGCUGACGGACUGGCUUUUGCUGGACAGGCUAUACUUGCAAGUGCAUUUGCUCGUAAAGAUCAUUCGAAGGCUGCAGCCACAGCUUCUCGUAUAUUGCAGCUGGGAUUGGUUUUAGGACUUCUCCUGAGUAUUCUUCUUGGCAUUGGCCUCCGUAUAGGAUCAAGGCUAUUUACUGAUGAUCAGGAUGUUCUACGUCACAUUUACCUAGGAAUACCGUUUGUCGCUCUGACUCAACCAAUCAACACGUUAGCUUUUGUUUUUGAUGGUAUCAACUAUGGAGCAUCAGAUUUUGGAUAUGCUGCUUAUUCAAUGAUCCUUGUGGCAAUUGUCAGCAUCGUUUUCAUAAUUACACUAGCAAGUUACAGUGGCUUUAUUGGAAUUUGGAUAGCUUUGACAGUCUACAUGAGCCUCCGAAUGCUUGCAGGAUUCUUAAGGAUAGGGACUGCACGAGGGCCAUGGGCUUUUCUACGCAGCUCAACACGUGCAUUCUCAUGAGGUUGUUGCACUUUGUUCAAGAAUACUACGGAAAGUAGGUAUGUCAGCACAGCAGGACAAUGGAUGAAAAUUCUACUCUAAGGUUUUGUAGGCUUGGUGCUAAUGGAGGUUGUAUGAACAAACAAAUAUAUGGAUUAAGUCCAACUGAGUCAUGUUCAUAGAUAAUCACACAUGUUACACUACUAAUUUAGAUAAUUUAGAUUCUCCAGUGUGGUGUAUGUUGGAAUUUGCCAUGUAUAGUGAAGUAUGUUUGGCUGCCUAUUGUGUAACAAGUUUGUAUGUGAACCACACGUGCCGCAACUGCAAGUACGAUGAUGAUACCCAUCAUCUAUUUCAUCUAUUUUGUAUGCGAUGGGAUGUGUUUUGAUAA